AAGACGAAGAAGUAGUAGAUGAAUUUACUCAGUAUUUUGAAGAAAAGAGAGUUAAAAGAGAAGUAAGUAGCUAUUUAUAAGUUUUCUAUACUAAGUCUAUACUAAUUAACUCUUUAAGUUCUCUCCAUUAAGUUGGUGGAAAGUUAAUGAGCUUAACUAUCCGGUUUUAUCUAUAUUAGCUCGAAAGUAUUUACAAAUUCCAGCUACUUCAGCUCCUAGUGAGAGAGUCUUUAGUCAAGGAGCUUUAAUAGUUACAAAGCAACGAAAUAGGCUUUCUAAAGACACUAUAGAGGCUGUAAUUAGCCUAAAAAGCUGGGGUCUUUAUCUAGAAGAAGAGACCGAAGAAGAAAGAAAGAAGAGAGAGGAGAAGGAUAAAGAUAUAGACUUUGAGGAUAACUACUUUAUACUUU